AUGUCCUCCUUAGUCACCUACCUCGUGUGGCUCUUCGUCGGCCUCGGCUUCGUUCUUGCCGCACCCGCUGAGCAGUUUGCAGACCACCCCACUGCUGGCCAGGGUCCGUAUCCCUACUCCCUCCAGAUCCAAGUCGAGGAGGUAGAUACCAAGUACUACGUGUGGGACAUCUUCCAAGGACCUAGCGGCGUAGCCGUGAACCCUUGUGGAGACACUCGCUUCGAGAAGGUCUAUCAUGGCGAGCCCGGAUGGCACACCAACAAGCCAGACAUGGACAGCCCUCCUUACCCUCAGAACUACUUGCCGUUCGUCCCCGAGUUCGAGGUCCCGAUCGAGUACGGCAACCGCGGUGACUGUGCCUACCACGCCACUGGUAAAGACGCGGGCCAGUUCCGUUGCGGCGACUACUACAUAAUCGACUGCGCCAAGGACCCUCGAUAUGGACAACAAGUUUCCUGCGGUAACCCACGCCUUGACAAAACGCACAAUAACAUCUCCCUCAACAUGCUCGCGUGGCUCACCCUCCUCAUGGGCCUUUCCAUCAGUCUACUAUUCGGCGCGACCACUGCAACAUCUGCCCAGUUCUUGAGCCCCGAGGCGCAGGCUAAUCGCACCGCACAUGGUCUGGUACCUGAUGUGUUCACCAAUUCGGUUCAGAUCAUCCUUGAGCGUUACUCGAUUGCGGACUUCUACUGGUCGUUGUAUCUAGGUCCUUAUGGUGUGAAGAUGAAUGCCUGCAAACCAGGAGACUUCAAGCUCGGCUCGCAGAUAGGUGAUUUCGACUACGAUCGCAACGACAUCGACAACCCCCCAAACCCACCCGCGACGGAGCUACCUGUUCCCGAGUGGAUGGGCCGCAAGGACUGCAACUGGAAGACCAACGGUCACGGUGAUGUCGGUCAGUUCGUAUGUGGCGACUGGAUGAUCUACGACUGUGAGCGAGAUGCGAGUUGGAACGAUGGAGCGAUCUCAUGUACCGGCCAAGUCGCCAUCUUCCUCGGCAAGACUUCUGCUACCCCCGUCAAGUACACCGGCGUACAGAGAUCCGAAAAUGGUACCAAUUGGCGCCCCUCGGACUACUACGACUCCUCGGUUCAGAUCCUUCUCCUCCGAUCAUCCGGUACAGAAUACUACUGGCAAAUGUACCAAGGCCCGGCCCUAGUAUCCGUGGAUCCCUGCGGCUACCCAGACCCCUUUAAGGUCGCGGAUUUCAAAGGCGUGUAUCAUUACGGACGAGACGCGAUUGACAACCCUCCGCAAGCUCCUGCUGUAGGUCAUGAUAUCUCUUGCGCAAGCUUAUGCCAGAUCAUAGAGAUACGCUGUAACUAA